GUAUAGCCUCGCGCGAGUUCAAAAAUUCCAGUUUAAGAUUUUGUUUUGUUAACUGUCGUGAGUUUAUCCCAUGGAGUUUCUGUGUUUGUUAAAAAAAAUAUAUCCACCACCCUGCCAACUAAAUACCGUACUUGUUUAGUAACUUUUAUUUUCUUAUUGUGACCGGUCAGUCAGUUGGGUUCACACGCCUCGCGGUAGUACGAAGCAGGAAGAGGAGGAGUUAGUUCGAGUGAUGAUAGCGGCUACUGUAUGUAAUAAUGUGGUGGAAAUGCUGAAAUCAUAAACAAAUAGAGAAGAGCAUUUCCCAGAACCGAGCUAGCCAAACACCGAAGCCAGCACGGGAAAGAGAGUGGAGGGGUAGAGGGGGGGAACGCGCACAGUGAACCAUAGCCAUUCGAAGAAGCGUCAUCGAAAAGACAUGGCUUGAGAUCCAUCGAGAAGAAGCACAAUGGGCCUAGAACGGAAGUGCAUUCUGUGUCUCAUUGUCUACAACUCAAAACAGGAGAUGGAUGAGCACAUGAGGAGCAUGCUGCACCAUAGGGAGCUGGAGAACCUCAAGGGCAGGGACUGUGACCACGAGUGCAGGGUGUGCAGGGUGACCGUGGUGGGGCUCACAGCCUAUGCCAGCCACAUCUCCAGCCAGCUUCACAAAGACAAGGUGGAGGCGCAGGAGAGGGAAGACGCAGGCAAGGGGGACACAGCAGAGCACUACUUCGACAAGGACCUCAUCGAGCUCAUCGAGAAGCGCAAGGAGAGGAUCCGAAAGGAAGAUGCCAGUGCUGACAACUCCAAUCAGGGAGACUGUCGUCGCAGGUCAGAAGAGAGGCAGAACUUCCCAGAAAGCCAAUCUCGCAGGCACCACAAGGGGGCGCCACCCAGGGAUUGGGAAGGCAACGGCUUCCAAAAUAAUGGGCAAAGAAACUUCCCCCAUCCCAGCAGGAACCAGCCCCACCACUCCAGUGGGACCAGGGGAGCUUCCAGCUGCCAGUCAGGCUCCUCUGGGUGGCACCCCAGUCAAGGGCAGGCCAGCUGGCACCAAAGUUGGCAAGGAAGAAACUGGCACCAUGAUGGGCGUGGGGGCUUUCCUGCCUGGAAAUCUGGGAGCCGGGGGAAAUGGAGUUUCACCGGGUUCCCUCCCUCAAGGGAUUACUUGCAAGAUAGGUUCCACUGGGGAAGGCAUAAUGGGAAGCAAGGGUCGUCGCAGGAUUCCUAUAUGGAUUUCACCAGUGACUCCCUGUUGUUCAGCAACGCUAUUGAUUUCAGCCAAGCACAAACCCAACCAGUCUCUAAAACAGACAGGAACAACGAGAAGAGCUCCAGCAACCCUCCCAAGGAUAAGACGCACCGCUGGGCUCCAUACCCGCCAGCUAAAAGCCAGGAAGUGGGAUCCAAAAAUGAUGACUCCAGGCCGACUGAGGGGAAGGAUCCCUCUCAACUUCCCUGCCAGCCCCUGCCCCUGAAGAACUUGAACAUGCACAUACAUUUCAGACCCGACCCUUCGCCAGCCGGAGAGCAGGGAGAGAGGAGUAACAGUGUGCCCCUAGUGUCGAGUCACUCUGUGAGGGAGAUCAAGAAUAAACCUCACCUAAAGGCAUACUUAAGAAACAGAAGCAGGAGGAUGAGACGCCGGACCCAGAGCUCCCCUGUCGAGACGCUCCCCGAUCAGAUGGCCCCUUCCAGCAAACCAGAGGACAAGAAGUCUCUAUUGAAAGCAUCUGAAGACAAGCCCAAGUGGAGCGCUCAGGAAACAAACAAGAACUCGUACACCUGUAAACUCCGGAGCGCCAAGCAACAAGAUUACUCCUUAGAGGAGAUGCUCAUAAAGGCCAAAGAGGCCCUUAAAUGCAGCAAGCCAGAAACUAAGACCUCAGACCAAGCCAUGGAAACAGAGCCGUUCCGAUUAGAACGAAGGCCAAGCAAGGAGUGCAAGACUUCCACAGAUCGGACUGGAAACAGGAGCAAGAUGAGCCUUCUCAAGGACAUCAGUGACGGGGACCUCUCUGACUCUGGACGACACAACACUGAGGCACAUCCUGGGAACGCAGGCUUAUCUCAUCCUGGAAACUCAAGCUUAUCUUACAAUGAAACACCAGAGGUAUAUCAUCAGUGUACAAGCGAUUCAGAAACCAAAGUUCUCUCACCUUCACACCUGCCAUCUUUGCAGUCUGUGGAUGUCAGCACAUUGAGCAGUGACUGCCAGAUAACUGGGGAUGCAGCUCAAGGGGCUGGAGAAAGGCAUGUGGACAGUGGGGGUGAGGGUGGAGAACACAGCACACAGGGAGAGGAUAGCCGGGCCUCGGAUGGUGAGCUGAUGAGGGGCCAACCUGCUGCAGGAUCCCUGGUGACCGACCUGAGCAAGCUGGGCCUGCCGGCCUCCCUGAAGAGGGAUUUGACUCGACACAUCACCUCCAAGAGCAAGACAGGCUCUCACGAACCCAACCUCAAUAUUGCCCGGCGCAUCCGCGACAUCAGCGGGAGCCGCAAGAACGAUUCGGACAAAGAAUCCGGGCUGAAACCGACCCUCCGCCAGCUCAUCAGCUCCUCGGGGUCCUGCAGGAACGUAGACUGGGACCAGGUGUACCAGCAAGUCAGCAGGAAGAAGCAGGAGCAGGGCAAAGGCAUGCCGAGGUUUGGCAUAGAGAUGGUGGCCCCUACUCAGAACGAACAGGAGGGUUUGGAUGUAGAGGAGGCAUCUGAUAUGCCGUAUCUGGAAGGCUACCAGUGGGAAAGCAUCUGUGCAGCUCUCCCCACCUCGACCCGGAAACGCAGCCUAUCGGAGAGCAGCGUCGUCAACGACCGCAGCGCCUCCGUCUACAGCCUCUUCUCUGACAACCCAGCAGGGGGCAGCAGAGAAGAGGGAGCCCGCAUUCCAGCCCUGCCCUCUCCCCACGGACCAAACGGAGACCAAUGCUCCCGGCCUGCAGAAUCGGAGAGGGAGUCCCUGUCCAAGAAGACCUCCAGCCCGUCCCUCCAGGAGCUGCCCUGCGUGAAGAGGGAGGUGGAAGGAACAGAGGGAGAGGCUCCCGGAGGCCCGGAGGGGCUGUCUGAGGGAGCUGCGGCCACAGCGAUGGGCCCUGAUGGAUCUCUGGAGGGAGACAGCAGCUGCACAUCCGGGGCUGAGCAGAAUGACAGCCAGGGCGUGGGGAAGAAACGCAGAGCUGCUGCUGAGGGGCAUUUGUCAGGAGUCCCCAGUUUAGAAAGAAAGAACAAAAGAAGGAAAAUCAAAGCUAAAAAAGAGCGCUCUCAGGUGGACCAGCUGCUGAGCAUCUCUCUUCGGGAGGAGGAGCUGAACAAGUCUGUGUACGGGGUGGAAAGCAACCUGCUCCAGGCACGGGCUUCCCUGCAGGCUGCCUACAUGGAGGUGCAGCGCCUCCUAGUGCUCAAGCAGCAGGUUACAAUGGAAAUGAGUGCAUUGAGAACCCAACGAAUUGAGAUCCUCCAAGGACUGCAAGAGUCCUAUGAUGGUCCACGCCCUGAGCUGAUGGCUAAAUUUGAAGCAACAGCACUGCCCUCCCCUUUCCAAGAUACCUCUCUUCAUGUGACUGGUCAGCCCUCCCCCGCCAUCCUCUCCCCAUUCCCCCACCUGAGCGCCCUGCCUGCCUCCCUGUGCCCACCUGCAGCCAGAGCACUCCCCAGCAGCACGCCGCCCACUCGCAUCAAGCAGGAUCCCGACGCUCUGGGCAGUCAGGCAGGAACCCCCCUCACCGCAGCUUCAUCAGACCUGCAGCCCAGGAACAGCAGCCUGUACACCACAGCACUGGAGUCCCCGCUCACCUCCACACCGGUGCAAGGCACAAAGCCCAGUUUGUCUGUGUCUCCGGGGUUCGCUGGAGCAGUGAGCCUGGCUGGACUGGAAGAGGGAUUCGGGCAGGUCGGCUGUGACUCCCAGGAGAGUGUAAGCUUGUCUUCAGAGGCUCGCCGGACCAACCGAAGAGAGACCUGCUCCCCCAGUCAGUCCCAGUCCUCCCACAGCAUGAAGGUGCAGGACAACCCAAUAACCAGAAGUUCCUUCCUAGGCCCAGAGAGGCCCAGUAUCUGGGCCCAAAACCAGCUGCUUUCUGGCCAGACAGCCCUGGAGGAGGAGACCAAGCAGGGGGCUGAGGUACAGACGGAAUCUACCAUGGCGGUGCCAGAGAACAAAGCUGGGAAGAGACUCAAGAAACUAAAGAAGAAGAAGGCUCUACGGAAAGCCAACGAUGGGCAAGAGAACAGCGACACGGAGCAGGACGGGGACUCGAGCAGGCCGGUCAGGAAGAGCAAGCCCCGGAAAGCUACCAAAGGAGGGAAGGUGAGCACAUCCACCCCACAGAAGGGAGACAGACCGAGCGAGGGCACUGAGCCCUCCAAGGCAGGUCUGGAACAGGGCUCUGCCGACAGCGACACCUCCCUGGAGAUGAUCGAGCUCCCCACCACGCAGCUGGAGGUGGUGGCCAUUGACUCCUCUGACUCCGGGGAUGAGAAACGUGGCAGUCCUUCAAAGAGAGAUCUCCCCACAGUCUCGACAUGCAACCACACAGAGGACCAGAAGCUUGGCUGUGAUGAAGUGAGCUCCACUAGUGAGUUGGUGACCAGCAGCAAGAGCAGCACCAAUGUGGUUAAGACCAAGUCUACUAAGGGAUUGAAGAACUCUUCCGAGGUCUCCUCGGAGCCUGGUGAGGAGGAUGAGCCCACAGAGGGCUCCUUUGAAGGGCACGAGGCUGCUGUGAACUCCAUGCAAAUACACAAUGGGCUGCUCUACACCUGCUCCGGGGACAAGACUGUGCGCGUUUUCGACCUAAUAACUCGGAAGUGUGUCGUCGUGUUUGAGGGCCACACCACCAAAGUGAACUGCCUGCUAGUUACCCAGAGUGCAGGGAUCCCAGGCAGGCUGUACACCGGCUCCAGCGACCACACCAUCCGCUGCUACUCCCUCAAGACCACAGAGUGUAUUGAGCAGUUCUGCCAGCUGGACCGGGUCCUCUGCUUACACAGCCGCUGGAAGAUCCUGUUCGCUGGGCUGGCCAAUGGCAGCGUGGUCAGCUUCAGUUUGAAGAUGAACAAGCAGCUAGAUGUGCUUGAGUGCCACAAUUCACGGGCAGUGAGCUGCCUGGCCACGGCUCAAGAGGGGGCACGCAGGAUCCUGCUGGUGGGCUCCUAUGACUGCACCAUCAGCGUGAGGGACGCCAAGAGCGGCUUGCUGCUGCGCACCCUGGAGGGGCACACCAAGACCGUGCUCUGCAUGAAGGUUGUGAAUGACCUGGUGUUCAGUGGAUCCAGUGACCAGUCUGUUCAUGCGCACAACAUCCAUACUGGAGAGUUGGUGCGCAUCUACAAAGGGCACAGCCACGCCGUCACCGUGGUCAAUAUCCUGGGGAAGGUCAUGGUGACGGCCUGCCUGGACAAAAUGGUGCGGGUCUACGAGCUACAGUCUCAUGACCGAUUACAAGUUUAUGGAGGGCACAAAGACAUGGUCAUGUGUAUGACAAUCCACAAAAGCAUGAUUUACACCGGGUGCUAUGAUGGAAGUGUCCAAGCCGUGCGGUUAAAUCUCAUGCAGAACUACCGCUGCUGGUGGCACGGCUGCUCCCUCAUUUUCGGGGUAGCGGAUCACCUGAAGCACCACCUCUUGACGGACCACACCAACGCCAACUUCCAGACGCUAAAGUGCCGCUGGAGGAACUGCGACGCCUUCUUCACUGCCAGGAACGGGUCCAAGCAGGAUACUCCCAAACACAUGCAGAAACAUGCUGAAGAAGACAGCAAGCUUGACCCAUAAGGAAGUAUUUCUCCUCCCAUACUGGGAAGCAUUGAAACAUCCCAGGGGAAAAAAACAAACCACGGUGACGUGAGUGAGGAUGAGGCAGAGACACACCAGCAGGCUGCCUUACUGCUCAAGGGAGAGGAGGGGAACACCUCACAGCCUGCUUCUGCAUGGAACACAGUCUGACAUUACUGUCCCCGCUCAUAGAAACCACACCUCAAUGCUACAUAAGGCUCUUUAUUUCUGGUUUUAAUUUGUAUACAAUUUUAUGAGCGUUUCAGUGUUUUAUUUGGAAUAUGAAAAAAAAGAGAAAUCAUUUUGUAUCCAGUUUUCCAGUUAAUAUCAGCGGGCUGGGGGAGGGAGAAAAAGAUUUAUUAAGGGGUAAGUGUUUAUUUGAGUCGUCACAUUUCUGCUAAUGACUGUACAAGAAGACGUUGGUGUACAAUAUAGUAGGAAAACUGAAUCCACCUAAUACUCAUAAACCUGUAUUUUAAUAUUUAGGCAUUUUGUUAUGGGAACUAUAUAGGUGGAAAUGGGGGUGGGUGGGGGUGCGUGAAUUAGUUCAGUUGAAAUGGUUCAUUUGAAAGUGAAGAGCACCAAUGAGUGUAGCCGCGUCUAUCACUAAACAAGAGCUCCACUGGAACAGCAAAUAGAAGCGCUCAGCAAUGUACUGAAGAGGACAAUUACAGCCUGCUGUUUCAGGAGGCUAGUACAUUCAUUUUUACUCUUGUAUAAUUUCUGUUAAAACUAACUGCUGACAACGCUGAAGGCCAAGCCUGUUUCACAUUAAGCCAUGUUCAUUCGCAGAACAAACAACAGUAUCUGAGUUUUUGUGUGUGUGUGUGUGUGUAAGGGAAAGCUGCAGUUACUGACACGCGGAAAAAGAAGCUAACUCAGAUUUACAGUGUGGCAUGGUGGGGCGGGGGUACAGUCCUCGUACUUCAGAUAGUGAUCUGGCAGUUCGGGCACUGUUUUAUAGUCUAAAGAGUUUGCAUCUGAAAGAGUGUUGUGUUUGAUUUGUAAGAUCUGUAAUCUUGUGCUGGUUCUAUUGAAGCAAUCCUCUUGGCACAAAGCUAAGUGCAUCACAACGGCCUAUUGCACAGCCAAAGAGCAGCUUUAAAUAGAUAGUGAAUACUGCAUUGAGAUUCUUAUCGGAUCUUUGCAAAUCAUGUCCAUUUACUUCUUCCAAGGGUCUGUAGAAGGUUUUUCUAGACCGAGAUGCUUCUGACAUGGAUUUCAGAGGGAUUUAAGAGCACCAUUAAUAUAGAGGAACCCAGGAGACACUGAAGAAUCUCUUCUGCCCUGUACCCUCGCCCCCUAGCUCUUCUAGUGUCAGUGAGUUAAUGCAAGGAGAAAAUAAAGUCACAUAUUGUGUAUAAAACACAGCAGUGCAGAGAUGCUUUUAAAGUGCCUGAGUGUUUUUGUUUUUUGAAAGGAAUGGGUUUGUUGCAGUGAUGGUAAAGAGCAGGAUGACCUAUUUGUGUGUGUUUGUGUUCCACAAUUUUACAUGUGUUCCUGUUGUGCAGUCUUUUUUCCAUUGAUUUUGGGGGCAUAGCUCCGUUAGUACUGAAGUGUUAACUGUACUUGCGUCGGGUGUGAAUCCAUUGUGUUAGUGUUCUUUUAAAGCCAACAUUUUAAGAGUGUAUGUUAUUUUAUUUGGUAGCUUUUUGAAGAAGUUUCUUGGCAUGAAAGAAAGACUUCAUAGUGGCAAAAACCAAAUUCCAAAAUCCAAACACUCAGUCGCUAGAUAUACAGUGGUUCUCAUUGAAAACGAAAGAUACUGACUGCCUGUUAAACAAACAAACAAAAACAUUGGUCUUAUUGUAUAACUACAUUUAUUUUAGUAUUACUGGUUAACACAAGGAAUGGAGGACAUACAGAAUCUAUAUGAAACUUUUAUCAACCAUAGUUAAUUUAUCAAGAAAUUAAAUGAAAAAGAUGACUUCUACUCUUAGUACAAAGAUUAAACAUUGAACAGUUCCGUAAAUCCUUCAUUCUUCAGAACAUCAAUGUGCACACAAACCAAUCCGUUCUGAGCCAGAAGGUAACCAUUGUAAACUCCAGCCAUCCAGAACUGCCCCAGAGGCACCUCAUAUGAAUCGGAGCUUUAGCUCUUGUGGAUUUCAAUAAUUGUCAUUUUAUUUUCAUGUUGUAUUUAUGGAAGGUCAGGGUUCAGGCAAACUGAAUGUUUGGAAAGCAGCAGCUACUGUGUUCUAACGGAAAGUAAUCUGACAGGCAUGCCAGCAUGGUCUCUCGUCAGCUCAUCUGAACAGAGGCAGGUCUGCAUGUUGUUCUCAUUUACAUCAUUAAAAAAAAACCUUCCUUUUUCAUAAUCUAAUGGACACAGGGAAACUAAAGAGGCUAACAUGCACCGUUGAUGUCUGAUUUUCAUAACUUCGGUCCUUUAUUAAUUAUUUUAAACAGUGUUGGUGUUUGGAUCCAGUACCGUCAGAUCAGUUGAUAUGACACCAGUUUGUCGUUCCCCACUUGAACUUUCAUUAUUUGUAUUGUUGAAUGCGUGUGAUCAUAAGGUUGUUUUGCAGAGAUGCAGUUGUUGUAGUGAAAGACUUGCAGCAAUAUAAUUGGGAGUUUGGUUGCAUGUAGUUUCUUUUAAUGUUGCAGGAUACCUUUUCAAGCAUAAUGGUGGUUCACAUUCUGUGCACAUCUUACAUCUCUCUACCCCACUUUAAUAGAGUGAUCUUAGCUUGAAAGAGGGUGCUGCAAUUGUGAGUCUGGUUUGAAAGGAAGGAAAAAAAACUUUUACCAAAAAAAAAGUAAAGAUAGCAGUAGGCCGACCAGGUAUUUGAGUUUUUUGUUACCGUUUUGAGGGGUUUUUGUACUUUUUUCUUUCUUUUUUAAGUGAUUUUGUUAAGGACUAAUAUUUCUGUACGGGACAGCUACUUGGUCAGGAUCAGCAGGCUUGUUUGGUUUCAGUGUUUAAAAAUGCUACCGUGAUGAAUAUCAUGCAUUUGUAAGCUUUAGUGCUAGCCAUGCCAUACACAUACAUAAUUUCCAGAAAUAGUGACUGAAAGAAAGUAGGUGGUCACUUUUAAUUAAACUGAGAAAAACACCUGUGAAAUAUUUUCAAUUGUGUGUUUGAUUUCGUCCAUAUUGGUGAUGCAUAGGGACUAUCUUAACAGCCCGUGCUCUAGGACUUUCUUGUACAGCACAGUCCUGUGGUUUUUUUUAUUUUAUCUGUAUGAAAUCAAAUAAUUAGAAAACAGUACAAUCUAUUCUCUUCUUGCCAGUCUGCUGUAUUUUUAGAGGAAUCGUUUAGUUUAAUUCCUGUUCAAUAACAUGCCUGUUUGGCACUUCUUAAAUCAGUUCAACAGUUCAAAGAAACCCUCUACAAUGAUGUCUACCAUCAAAUCACAUGCCCAUUAAACCCGAAUAAACAUCCCCACAAAAACUAGAACUAAAACCUUCUUCAAAGAUGAAGCACGUUUUCAGUUUGAAUGUAUUCGUGUUACUAUACAGCUGACUGGUCCACAUUUAAGUUCCAAUUACAGACUGAUGCAGCUGUCCUUUAGUUUUCAGUUGAAGUUACAAAGCUGCAAACUUGUUGCUGAAAUUUUGUAAAGAGAAAUUGUAUCGGCAAUAAACAUUUUAAACUGUA